UAGUAGCAAGUUGUCAGAACAUGCAGCGAUAUUGACUAUGUUAUCGUUGUAACAUUGCGUAAUCAUACAUUGCGUUCUAUGACACUCAUAUAUACAACUUGUGAUAUACGUGCAUGAAUGUGUUGUAAAGAAAGUAAAUAUUAAGUAGUUAUAUAACGAGAGAGAGAGAGAGAGAGAGAUAGAGAGAGAGAUAGCGAGGGAGGGAUUACGUCGAAUCGUUCAGUUUACUAUAAAUUAUUCAAACAUUAUAAACUUAUUAAUAAACUUUCUUAUCUACACUAUAUCAAGCACUACUACAGUACUACUGCAGGCAAAUUAAAAAUGACGAAGCAGUGGUUUGUUGUUGGUAUAUCUGGUGCAACCUGUAGUGGAAAAAGUACAUUGGCUAAUAAGAUCCAUGAUUAUUUUCCAACAUCCGUUCUGUUGCGUCAAGACAACUAUUUUUUGCCACCAGACGAUCCACGUCACGUUAAGAUACAGGAAUUGAAUCACAUGAAUUGGGAAUUACUAACAAGCAUGGAUAUGCAGAAAAUGUAUUCAGAUGUUAUAAGAAUAUUUCAGUCUCCCGGAAAAAAUCCGACCGAUUCAAAGACGCUAUUGAUAUUGGAUGGUUUUUUGCUCUUCGAACAUAAGGCCAUCACAGAUUUAUGUGACUGUAAAUACUUUUUAACGUUGACAAAGGAACAAUGUUGGGAACGAAGAAAAAAUCGUAUAUAUGAGCCGCCUGACGUACCGGGAUAUUUUGACAAAAUAGUAUGGCCCGAAUUUGUAAAGUACAAAAAUGAAGUUAUACAAAACAAUGAGUUGUAUGAAACUGUAACAUUUAUCGAUGGAUCCAAGGAUAUGGAAGAAAUUUGUGAAAUGGUUUUCAAGAAAAUUGGUCAAUUCUUAUCUUAAAAAUGUAACUCAGUUUAACUCUUCUUGUGAUUAAAUUUAAAUUAUACAAAUAUCACAUCAGC